GAUCACAUCCUAAACAGCGAAUAUCGACUGUGUGUUAAUAUGCGUACGGCUAGGGCCCACCUGGCGCCCUUCUCGGCUUCAGACUAAAAUAAUAACCGCGCCAUGCCUCUUAACGUUCGUUAUCUAUGCUCAGUUUUAUGUUUCUCUUCGGCCAAACAUAGCACACUGCUCUUCUUCUUUUCUUCUUUUUCAGCGAGAAUACUUCCUCCUAUUGAACCAUCUUACGCCUUCUUGCCGACACUCCACACGCUAUACCUAACACUGAUACUCGUCGCGUGGCCCCCCAAAUCUCAGCUUCCGACUCUCCACACUGCUCUUCGGCCGAGCUAUCAACCACGAGGAAUAGAGGAAUACAUAUAUACUGAUCCUCUCCUCUUCAUCGCGAUAUUAUCUUGCACAAGACUCCUGCUACGAUCAUCCAUCUUUUCGGAUACUCACAUCGGGUUUCCGGAAGAUAUUGCUCUCCAUAUAAACCGCCGGUUUGGCUCGUACUGACUGCCACGAGCGCUCCCCGCUGCUCAUCCCUAUUGGCGCUCCCUCAUCAUCAUCAUCCUCCCCCACGACCUACAAUCCUUCCAUUCCUCACGUCCGUACCAUUCAGCCACCAUCUCCCAACU